AUGUUGAGCUCGAGCAAUCAUGAUCCUAAUAUCCAAGAAUGUAAGUUGAGGCUGAACUCCGUUGCAAAAGGGAGCAAGCUGGAGCUUAUGUGGGUGCUGAAAAACUGCGGUGUUCAAGGCAACGAACUGCCUGAUGAAUCGGCAAACUCCAGUCUUUUGGAGCGCCUAAUUGGACCGGAGUCAAUUACAUAUACAGCCAAUUGUGGCAGGAAGUGUCGAGACACAUCAGGGUCUCACGUCCUUAAGUACAAUGGCAACAAUGCCGAAGUGGCGGUUAGCAAUCGCGAUUACAAGCUCUAUGCCAUCAAUUUUCAUACGAAUUCACUAUAUUCGAUACGCGAUGAGUUCAAGAAUCGCGUGCAAUCGGGUAUGCGAAGACGUGUUAUGAUAAUCGAUUUGGAGGAGGAAGCAAAAAUGCUAGCUUUGAAAGUUCGCAAUACCAAACGCUUUGACGACUUCGCUGUUGCCACGGAGGCUAUCGAACGCUGCCGUCGCGAAUAUAUGCAGGCCUCCAAAAAAAUUGCUGAUGAGCAGAAAUUUAGUUUAAUCAAUUUCUGGAUGGAAAAUCUCAAUGUGCCCACUGGUGCCAGAUUAUCAAAAAAUGGAAGCGCCGCAAGCAAAAAAGGACAGGGGAAGUCGCCGAAUGUGCCCGAAAAGCCCAACAGACCUCAAAAUAGAGCAAAAGGUUCGAAUACGGCGCUUGAAAACAAGUCUGUCAUUAGUCUUCCUGUGUGUCCACAAUUAGCGCCAAAGCAGCACAAUACUAUCGGGCGUCCACCGCUGCUUUCAAAGAAGCUUUACAUACAAGACGAACCGGAAAAUUCAAAGCUCUACAUAGUACUCGUUGGCGAUAUGGACAAUGACUUUUAUGUAAAACUGUUAAGCAACAACCAACCACUGCAGGCUAUCGUUCACUUUCUGCCCGAAGAAUGCGGUUAUGAUAUAUUGCUACCGCAUCCGGAAACCAAAGAAUUGCUUGCAAAAACCCUCGAAGAAAUACAGCUAGACAUCUUCGAAAUGCGCGCAUUCGCCAUUACAAAGCCCUGUGGUUACAUGCAACAUUAUUUACCCGUAAUCUCACGCUGCCUCGCUGAAAAGUAUACACAGCAAAUUUACGAUCAACUCAGCCACUACUUGUACGACAUCGAAUUGUUACAGCAACAAUACCUUCGUUACUAUAUCGAGCCCUUCCAAAUAACCAAUGUCGCAAUGCCACAGGACGUGAAUGUAGAAGGACUAAAAGAAAUCGCCGAGUCGCUGACCAUGCAAGGCACAUACUUAACUGCACCAUUGCCCGCAAUGGCCAGCGAUGGUGCCACGAUCACCAUCUACUUGGAGGGGCUGCUGAAUCAAGUAGCGCAACGCGUGCGCAAACUCACGCCCCAACAAGCACAGCUCACUACACUGCCGUAUAAAAGUACGAGCCAAAUAGAUUUAGAUGGUGAAUUGCGUGAUGUCUACAACACAGCUUUCGAUAGUAUUUUGAAGAUGAAACACUUUGAACGUCUUUGCAUUGCCGCGAAUAACCGAUUGUUGCACGAGUUGCUGUUGUAUACGAACACCGACUCCUUCGAAACGAUACACUACACCAGUUUGGAGUACAAUGCAAUGCGCACAUACAUGGAUGCCACUUGCAGAAAGAACUUCUGCAAAGUGCAGGCGUUCGAUGAACUCGCUGAGCGGGACUCUUAUCUGCUGCCAUGUUAUGGAAAGCUCUACUUCGGCGAAAAUGUAGUGAAUGAUCAUUUACUGAAUUGGCUAUCGGAAUAUAGCAGUUAUGUUGUGGAUGAAAUUAUGCCCGGCUGUAAGUUGUAUCACUUCAAGUGCGCCUACAACGAAGUGAACGAGGAGCAGCAGGUUGUGCUGUUGCCAUCCCCAUUAUGCUUUCGCGAUUUCACACUCUUCCAAAUGGAAGAGUUUCUUGAUGCUUUGGUAACACCGGAAAUGAUAAAUGCACGACACAAAGAGAUUUACGCGCCCACGCAAAGUUUCGUGGAACGAAGCAAAGUGGAGAAUACUAUCAAGGGAUUAAAUAUGUCAAUAUUCAUACGUCCCACGUCGCUAAAAAGUCAAAAAGUCGAAGCUUAUAUGGGCAAACAAAUGGAGCAAGCUGCAGGCCCAACACCUAUACCUGAACUGAAUUCACGUGAAAAGACAACACUGAACGAGUCUGCGAACGAGACAGAAAAGCCCGGAUUGCCACGCGACCACCCGCUGUUAAAGGGUUACAACCUUGAAGAUAUACGUCAAGAGAUACAGAUAAAGAACUCGAGGUAUUACUUUGAGGAAGGCGGCUUGGAAUUAUACGAGGAGCGUUGGUGUUUCACAGAUAUGAACAAGAAUUUGAUUUUCAAAGUUAAUGGCAAUGUGUUCAACAUCUUCCGGCCACGCUUUUGGAACACCUGCAUCUCACCUUGCUUACGCUUUACCAACAAGAAUAACGUUGCUGUACGCGUGCUGAAUAAAGAAGCCGAAUGUGCAAAAGUUGUCAUCAAUUAUCCCAAUGGUUUGGCUAUUUAUCACAAUGAGACUUAUGUCGAACAAGAAUGGCAUACGGAAGAGGCGGUCAACAGGGAGAAGCGACGCAUGUACGUACCAGAAGGUGCGGUUAUUGUCCACUAUGAAAGCGAGGAUUUAAUUGUGGUGUUGCGUUAUAACGGCGAAGUUUACCGUUUGUACCAAUAUGAACUUGCCGAAGGCGAGGAAGAAGCCAUCAACGAAAUGACCGAAGAACCGGAUUCUUCAAUAAAAAUAGAGUUGAGGGAUAGCACAGCAAACAAGGAAACGACACGACGAAUACAACAGGAGAAAGAAGCAGGGUAUGAAAGAGCCAAAGAAACAGUGCAAGAAACGGAUAAAGUUAAAAGCAAAAGUGGAAAAGCCGCUCUCAAAGAAUCAGUACGUGCGCGCGGCGGCGCAGUGUCAGCGAAGAAGAAUAAAACCUCAAAGGUGCCAGAACAGCCAUCAUCCCAUCGCACCGUAGAGUUGGAAGAGCCCGUUAAUCAAAGAAAUCCAAAGGAAUUGCUUAUUGAGUCUAUCAACAAUGAACUAAGAUUUCUCAAUGAGUUAUCCGAUAAAUAUGACCUGAAGUAUUUGCACCUCAUUGUGACCACCUCAAUGGGAUUUAUUAUUAACCUAACACAUCGCGGAAAGGUCUAUAGAGGACACUCCCAGCCCACGCUGGAAUGGCAUGAUUACUUUGCCAACGAGAGCUACGCCCAACGCGCCGAUGGUGUUCGCAUGAUCUGGACAGUAGACUCAUUAAAGUGUUAUCACGAAGAUGGCACACUCUUGAUAACAACGCUGGAUGAGAAAAUCGAGUUAUUCAGCUUUGAUGCAGAUACCACACUGACGUUGAGUUCUUCACACUUAGAAGAAGAAUAUGCUGAUGGAGACUUUGAUGACUUAUUGACCAGUCAUAUACUGAUCGAUGGUCGCCACUCCAAGGGUACUUCAUUCACUGGCAAAGCGGAUACGAAACCAACCAUCGCAUCUCCACGUAUCUUUCCAACGUUGUCACAAUAUUUGGUCAAUGGUGGUGAAGGCGAAGAAGGCGGCAGAGUUGAAGAUCCCUCGUAUGUAACAUAUCGCAUGGCCAGCUUUAAUAUGCUACAUAAAAAAUAUGCUGAAGUAAAUUUCGAGCUAUAUGAAGUACCAGUAAAUGAUAUUGUCAUUAGCAUAACAGCCAUUGACGGUAUACGUGCCUAUAUAUAUAAAAUCAUACCCGUAAUCGAUGGUCAACAUGUGGACGAAUACACGGAGAUACCAAACUUUACCACCAUAAUGGGUGACAGUGCCAGUGGCAAUACACAGAAGCAUCUGCCAGCACACAUUUCAACUAUUCGUACCAAAAGUAGUUCAUUUCACACGGAUGGCAUUGAGCUGCACACUUCUGUUGAUUUGGAUCAGACGAUCGAGCAGGAGAUUAUCGUGCAGACAGUAGUAAAAGUUAAUUGUGGUAAUGAUUUCACUAUGUCGACUACCGAAGAUGCGUGUGAACUCACAAUGGAUUUGGAACGUUACGAUGCGGCAAUGGGCAAAGUGCGGUAA